AUGCAGCUUAUGAGGCCUCCUGAGUGGAAAAAGGCAACUAGGCGAACCACAACCUUACCGACUAUUGGAGGGUUGGUGUCUUCUCGAUUACGACGCCUCGUCACAGCCAAGAACAUGGAUAUCCAGAAGAUAGGCGCAUCAUUGAUUUCUCAGACCGCGGAAGCCAACUUUGGUCUGGCCACGCUCAAUGUUGACUUCAGUGUCAUCAAGCUUCAGGCGCCGGCAGAAUAUAAGCCACUGGGAAAUGAGUUAACUCCUUCACGACGAAGUGCGGCUGAGGAUGGUAUGCCUCAUGUCACAGCACGGAAAUUGGGUGCUUUAUUCCAGGAUUGGAUUCCUCCAGUACCAGAUCUUAUCAAGGCCUAUGGACGGCGUGCGGUAGAAAUUGCGCAAUGCCGAUCGGUUAAUCCCAAGGCAUCAAAGUCGGAUGGAAUAUUUGCCGAUCACAUUGGAAUAGAUGGGACUGGUAUAUGGGCAGCUGCCACUUCGGGCCCUCACGCCAUCCCGGUUUAUUUGCUUGCCUGCAUGCUUGCAAGAAUGUGGUCUACCGCGGAAGCUACAUCUAUCUGGACGGAACUCGUCUCUGAAAGGAAGCGUGAGCUUGCCGGAAUUGAGGAAACUGACCCGUCAUACGAGAGAGCUCAAUUUACAUCUCGCAUUUCGAUUCCGCGAGAGGAUCUUGCUCAUUGGGAAGCGAGCGCACGAUCUUGGCUUCAGGCUGCCGACAGAUCGAUGGCUAAAAAGCAGAAGCAACUCAUGCUCAUAGUGGACAACACCGAACUUCCUGUCAGCACGACACCACAACUUUUUGAAAACGUUCGGGGCUCUUGGAGAUCUGCUAUGGUAGCUAUUGACUCUCUUGUGAAAGGACUCCCUCAGUCUGUCCAAGAUGGAGCCGUGCUACUAGGCCUUUCUUCUUGGCACUUAUAUCCGGACAUGGUUGUGCUUGGCAAGGGACCUUCACCAGUUCGAGUGGAACAGAAGGAUGACCUUAUUAACCCAGCGGGGCUUUUGACGAUUGGGCUUAAUAUAGCGAGUUCAAAGCACCAUGGAGUGUAUUGGUCUCUCCCACUUUCCCAUCUCCGCUACUACGGCGGGCCCGUGAUGGCGGAGAGAUCACUUGCAACUCAGGGAAAUCGCAUCACGGUUCAAGAGCUAUUUCAAGUUUCGGUCGGAAGCCUGACUCGGUCAUGGAAUAAAGAUCGGAAGAAUAUAGCCUCCAUUAUUGCCCAACUCUGGGGGUAUAUCGAUUCUGAAGCCCAUCAGCAUGCCGCCCCAGGAAUGAUGCACUGGUUGGGCUAUAUUGCAAGGGCUAUGGAUCCACUACUUCAUUCAGGAGAUUUGGCCCAGAAACAAUGUCUCCAGCUCAUGCGCUAUGGGGAAAGGCAUUGCCAAAGCUUUCUGGAAGAAGGGAGACCGGUUCCCGAACUGUUCGGCAUACUAAAGCUCACGACGCUUCUGCCUCUUCUUAAUCAUGAAGAAGAUGGGGUUGAGAUUCUACGCUCAUAUGCAGAGUCCAUCGGCCAAAGCAGUGAGAGGGCUUAUCUUAUUCGAUACUUGGUUGGGAAAGGUGACUCUAAGAGCUACUCUCUAAACUUUGAAUAUGCUACAGCUUUUCCAACUCAACGGCCGUCAUUAAAGAGGAACUACGAUGGAUCUUCUAUUCAAGGAAUCGGACAUGUUCGUUGGGUUCAAACGCAAUUCGCGACAGAUGAGAAUAUGAAAGAGUGGUACUAUGAUGACUCGAGACUUCAAAAGAUUGCAAGCAUGGGAGAAUGUGCACUUCCCAUCGAAUCGGAAAUGGUUUCCGUAACCAAGGGGGACAGUUCCUUCACUUGGACGGGCCCGCCAACGAUUUUUGAAAGGUUCAAGUCAAACAAUAGUUUUACUUCAUUCGUUGACCUAGACGGAGAUACAAAUACUGGUUUGGAAGAGUUCUAUCCCAGCGAGGUCUCUUUUCAUCUCGUCGCUGGGGACCCGAAUCGGAUUGCAUUGUAUGCAACUCAGCCUCUGAAUGAGCGCACUGGCUCACUCUCUCUACCCACCCAAAUUAAUAUCGAAGCACUCUCGGGAUCACUGGAGAGAGGCUCGAUUAGCCCGUUGAAGCUAUUGGGGUACCUUGAUGCCUUUAUCAUGCAUAGGCGGGACCUUCUGUCGAGCUUACGGGCGCUUGUCACUGUGGAGAAUAUUUACAAGAUGUUACCAAAUUCCCUGUUAGCUCUCGGUGUCACAUCACAGCCUCUAUUCAAGAUGCCAUGGAUUCCGAAUAUCGACGUCAUGGGAUAUCAAUUUUCUGCGUUCUCACUUGACAUUGGGAGAACCUUUGCUUGCAUAGCUUUAUUUGAAUCUGGAUGUCUUGCUGUCAGUCCUGAUAACUUGAGCAAUGUCUUGGCGAUGGCCACCGGCGAUUCCAUCUAUAUCGCAGCGGCCCUUCUCUGUGAUCCCGCUGAAGGUGCUUUGCCCUCUGAAGUUCGACGAGUGUGGGGAAGCAUUGGAAAGCCUGGAAUAGCAAUGAUGAUUCCGCCCACAGAGCCUCAGAUUCGUGAUGUGGAGCGAGACUGGAGGGUUGUGACCCACGAUACGUUCGACGGGAAGCUUGAGAACUCGUUUCAGUCAACUACUCUCCACCUCCGGUUCACCGACUACGUCCUUCCAAUCGACGUUGGUGCUCACGGAAACAGAGACUUUGAGGUCUACUUUCUAGAAUCUGUUGUGUCUAUACACGAUCAUGGGGAAUGGGUUGCGGACCUUGAUAUAUUGGGCCAACUUAGCUGCCCAUAUCUACGGAUUCUGGACAAUGCGUGUCUGCACACUGACUCUCAUACCACAAAUCAAAUCGCCAUAGGAAAUCCACAGUUCACAAUGAUCGACAACUGGAACGAGAUAUUGGAAUCUCCCGGGAAUCCCUCGAUUGUGCGCUCUAUGGGCAAUUGGCUUGGUCGUCUGGCCACAAUGGCUCUUUGUCUGCAAAUGGGUCAUCCGACUAUUGUUCUGCCGAAUCAAUUUUGUUGGGAAUGCAUUAUUGAAGAGUGGAGAGAGAUCAAAAAGUCUCAGGACACAAAAGAGGAUACCCCCUCCAGUCCAGGGUCGGAGAGCCCCGAGCAGACUGAGUCAGGAUCUCUUGAAAAGGCAGAUCUUCGAGAUUUUGCUGCUAGUGCACUGGUCUCCAGUAACACAGAGUUGUCGAACCAUUAUGAAGAUACUACAGAGCUUCUGUGGAAUUCUGAUUUAAAGAAAUGGACUUCCACUUCCUGCAAACCUGUACCCAGUACCCAAGUCCCUGACCUUACGAGCAGCAAGGAAGACAUGUCUAGCAAAAGAAUUUUAGCGGAAAUGUCUGAUUUGGUGGUUAUUUGUUAA